AUGAGUUUCUAUCGACCCCCCGUCUUCGGGGUUUUCUCUUCUUUUUCUCCGACGAAGACGCCGGAGCUUCCAAGACCUUCUUCUUCAUAUAUCGUCAUCAAGGACCGUCUCUGCAAGCUUGGUACGUUUAUGCUCUUUAAUGGUGAUUGCUAUGUACGUUCGGGUUCUCGAAAGAAGCAAAGGCACAGAUGAAUCUUGCAACCUCGUGGUCUUAACAAAACAGCUAUGUUCUGAUUUCAAAAUAAUUUGUUCAAAAUUUUUUUUUUUUAUUUUUUUUUUUAAAUCUCUAUGGAAUCUCUCCAUUGUAGGUGUUACAAUUUUAAAAAAGUUAAUGAGAUUCUUAACUUAAAAUAAUAAUAAAUUUAAUAAUAUAAUAUGUUGAAGAACUCUAAGAUCACCAUUACGGUUGCUUGGAGGAUGGAUUCGAAUACGAG